AGUAUCCAUAGUAGUGUGUGUACAUCCGAAGUGACGGGAGGUGGUGUACAGAUUUUUGCUACUUGUAAUGUGAUUUUAUGUAAUUUACAAUUGCAAGUGUCCGUGAUAAUAUUAAUGAAUGAGGAGUGUAAUUAAUUAUUAUUUUAACUAUGUAAUGCAAUGUUCGCCUAUGGUCCUAAAUUGUUUAAAAGUCUUAUAAUAUGUAAAUGAUCAGCAUGUGUCACCACUCAUCAACAAAUUUAUAGUGAAACUGUAGACAGUCGUCAUGUGAGGGACGUUGUUACUAUUACUUAAAAAUCAAUCAAAGUUGCUUGGUGUUUGUUUUGUGGACAAGUGUUAUUUAUUAUUGCCCUGGUGUAGGUGAUAAAUUCAGACUCAAAAUGGCGGACCUCGAGGCUGUGCUGGCAGAUGUCAGCUACUUGAUGGCUAUGGAAAAGUCGAAAUGUACACCAGCAGCGAGGGCUAGCAAAAAAAUAAUUUUGCCAGAUCCAAGUGUUCGGAGCGUAAUGCAUAAAUAUAUGGAGAAGAAGAAUGAAGUUAAUUUUGACAAAAUAUUCAAUCAAGUAUUAGGUUAUUUAUUAUUUAAGGAAUUUUGUGAACAAACGUCAGAAGAACCAGUGCCACAAUUAAAAUUUUAUGAAGAGAUAAAGUUAUACGAAAAACAAGAAUGCUUAGACGAGAGGCGGCGGAUCGCAAGAGACAUUUAUGACAAUUUUAUUAUGAAAGAACUGCUAGCACAUUCACAUGACUAUUCAAAGGAAUGUGUAGCACAUGUACAAAAAUAUUUAAUGAAGCAUGAGGUGCCACCAAACCUAUUUGAGCCAUACAUUGAAGAAAUAUUCCAACAUCUUCGAGGGGAACCAUUUAAAAAUUUCUUAGAAAGUGAUAAAUACACAAGAUUUUGCCAAUGGAAAAAUUUAGAAUUAAACAUACAACUAACUAUGAACGACUUCAGUGUUCACCGAAUUAUCGGGCGGGGUGGUUUUGGCGAGGUAUAUGGGUGUCGGAAGGCAGACACGGGCAAAAUGUACGCGAUGAAGUGUCUCGACAAGAAGCGUAUCAAGAUGAAGCAGGGCGAAACACUCGCUCUCAACGAGCGGAUUAUGCUCUCUCUAGUCAGUACCGGGGUGGAUUGCCCAUUUAUCGUUUGCAUGACAUACGCAUUCCACACACCCGACAAGCUUUGCUUCAUUUUGGAUUUGAUGAAUGGAGGUGAUCUUCACUAUCAUCUCUCUCAACAUGGUGUGUUCAACGAGGCAGAAAUGAAGUUCUAUGCCGCAGAAGUUAUACUAGGUUUGGAACACAUGCACAAACGUCAUAUAGUUUACAGAGAUCUAAAACCGGCGAAUAUUUUGCUUGAUGAACACGGUCACGUGCGAAUAUCGGAUCUAGGGCUCGCCUGUGACUUCUCAAAAAAGAAACCUCAUGCAAGCGUUGGCACACACGGUUACAUGGCGCCGGAGGUACUUUCCAAAGGUACCGGCUACGAUUCCUCCGCUGAUUGGUUCAGUUUCGGCUGUAUGCUAUACAAACUGUUGAAGGGUCACUCGCCAUUCCGUCAACACAAAACCAAGGAUAAACACGAAAUUGACCGGAUGACUUUGACUAUGAAUUACAAUGUGUACCAGAAUGUGGAACUGCCCGAAUCGUUCAGUCCCAGCCUGAAGAGUUUGCUGGAAGGUUUGCUUCAGAGAGAUAUCAACAAGCGAUUAGGAUGCAAGGGGCGGGGAGCUGACGAAGUGAAGGAGCACGUGUUCUUCGCCGGUAUCGACUGGCAACAAGUGUACCACCAGAAAUACACCCCGCCAUUGAUACCACCACGCGGGGAGGUUAACGCAGCCGAUGCUUUCGAUAUUGGCAGUUUUGAUGAGGAAGACACCAAGGGUAUCAAGUUAACUGAAUCAGAUCAGAUGCAGUACAAAGAUUUUCCAUUGGUAAUAUCGGAACGCUGGCAAGCCGAGGUAGCGGAGACUGUGUUCGACACCAUCAAUCAGGAAGCUGACAAAAUGGAACAAAAGAAAAAAGCCAAGCAAAAGCAGAAGUUCGAUGCUGAUGAAAAAGAAUCGGAUUGUAUUUUACAUGGCUAUAUAAAGAAGCUGGGAGGUCCAUUCGCAAGCGCGUGGCAAACACGUUAUGCAAAAUUGUACCCAAACCGGCUUGAGCUCCACCUCGAGAACAGCGCUAAACCCGAGAUGAUACUUUUGGAUACUGUCGAAGAAGUCUCUUCUGACUUCGUCUCCAUCAAAAGCGAGCAGUGCAUCGUUCUUAGGACGAGGAACGACACUAAAAUCGUGCUUACAAAUACGGACGAGAUUGGACUAAAGGAGUGGGCGAUAUCGCUGCGGUCGGCGCACAAGUGCUCCCAGGAACUACUCGCGUCCAUGGCGAAGAAAGCGGGCAAGAUUUACGGCACCGACGGCGCUAAGGAAUCGCUAGCGCUCGGGCGACCGCCGCCACCUGCUGCCUCGCCAGCGCUAGCACGUGCGCCGAAUGGGAACAACUAGCACGAGCUACCCGCGCCCAAUAAGGGCGCGAAGAUGUUCCGCCGCUCCAAGAGCGCCGCGCAACUCAUCAAGUGAGCUACUUAGCUGCCGUCUCCACAACCCGCCGCGGAUAUGGACUAGUUGCAACCGCGCACAUGCGUGUGCGUGUGCGUACGCGUAGGCGUGUUUGUUCAUGUAUGUGUACCUCUUGCGGUCUCCCGUAGUGCCGCUAAAGACUAUAGUGACUCUUAGGACUGCCAAUUAUUACUAAAUGAAUGCUGUUCGCAUUUUAUUGUUGUACGAAUUAAUGUGAUAGGACCGAUCAAAUUUAAUAAAAUAAAAUGUAUAAAUAUAUUUCGUUUACCUACAGUGAUUUCUCGAAUGUGGAUAAUAAAACUUUUGUAAUCAUUUGCACCGAUUGGAUUUUGUAAUUAUUAAUGUAACGUUCUAGAUGUUGUAUUUAACUUUGUAGUAGAUAUUGUAAAAAUUUAAAAACUUAAAUCGAGUAGAUAAGCAUAGCGUCUAUAUGUGUUUGUGCAAUAGAUCAAAAAUAUAAUAAAAUUCAAAAAAUGUUACUAUUGGUCGAAGCGGUUAAAAUAUUUAGAAAAUCUUGACGAUUUUAACAAAAAUUGAAUUGUUCGUUGUGCGUAUACUUAUAGAAGCUUCAACUUAAUCGAUUUAAAUCGUAAUUAGGAAUUCUAGCACUUUGGUUACACCUCCGACUAUUGCACGUAAUACUAUUAUUAUAUUAUCGACAUUGUUUUGUGUUGUCUCUGGUUGCUCCGUUGACAAUUGUAUUAAAAUGUAUAAUAAAAAAGUUCCUUCACAGAAUUUGUGGAACAAAUUACAUAACUCUAAUGAAAAGUACUUAAAUGUUAAGUUUCUUUACUUUCCGUUCCGAACUAGCUAUUUGCAAUAAUUCUCAACAUAAUUUUAUAUAAAAAAUAGAAACCAGUAUAAGUAGAUCUAAUAAAAAAAAUCUCUUUCGUAUUAUAAAUAUUUAGAGGCAAUACUUUUUUAACAACAUUUAGGUGUGGUGAUUAAUAUAACAAUAGUUGUAAAGGCAAUACAUAUUUAGAAAAUUUUAAAAGCAUGUUCAAUGUCAAUAUAUUUGUGGGGUUUUAUUUUAUAAAUAUAUAUAUUCCAUAGAUGGUUUAUCGUAUCAGGUAGCUGUCAUUUUACGUCACAAUUCUUUCAGUUGUAUCGUUGCGUCUCAAUUAUGCCUAAAUUUGUACAAAGUAUUGAUUCUUCCAAGUCUCAAUUCAGCGCAGUAUACUUAAGUAGAUGUGACAAUGAUUGUAUUUGACGUGCGUGGAAUUAAUAUUUAAGAAUGUAUGGAAUAAUUAAUAUUCAGAUAUACUUUGGAAAUAAUAGUUUAGUGUUAGAACGAUCUGAGUUUAGAUAUCAAGUGUGCUCUUUAUUGAGAUAUAACUUUAAACUUUUCUUUCUUAAACUUAAUUGUUAGGAAGAGGUCGAAAUAAAAAAAAAUGUUAAUAAUGUGUCGAUGGUAAGUGUACUAAUAUGCAGAAUUGAGAACUGGAAAUAUGAACAAAUAUGUGACAAGGUAAAAUUUUAAUUGUCCAGAAUUGUGAAUUGCAGGAAUGCAGAGCUACCCAUAGUGGCCUCGCCAGUAUGACAUUUUGUAUGUUGUGUAUGUUUUAUAUGUGAAACAAUGCAAUCUAGUUUGAUUGUAAUGGGUAUUUUUCAGAGUAACUACUAAUUAUUACUACUAGUAAUAGGAUCGGAAUGAAUCGAAAAGUAUAUUUUUCAAGUUUUAGUACCAGUAAGAAAGUGGAAACAUUUCGUUGCAUUACUAUUAGUGAGAAUAGUGGGAUUUUAUCUAGUUUAACUAUAGUACUUAACAUGUAUAGAUAGAGAAUAGCGUUUUUUUUUUAUAUAUUAUUUUAUUCCCGACUAAAAAUUAGAUAGUAAUUAUAUCAUAGAAAUAUUUCUAUGGCAUAUAUACGUACAUACGUGUUAUAUAAUAUAGAAAUCUCUCUGUUCUUGUGAAUAGUUAAAAAAAGUAUAAUAUCAGUUUUCUUACUGGUAACCAAUUUAGAAACACAAAUUUACAAAUUUUACUAAUAGUAAUAUUUACUAGUAAUUUUGGGGAAUGCUCGAUUGUAAUCAUUGAUUGUGUCUGAUGCAGAUUUAGUUUUUAUGUUUUUCUGUACAAAAUGUUCCAUAUGUUGCCAUAAUAUUAAUAUCCACCUUUGUUACAAAUUGUAUAAGAUUUUAUUUUGUUUACAUCGUGUGAAGUAGCGCGCGGCGCUACCGAACUUAAUGAUUACUAAGCAAUAAUGAAAACUCAUAAAAUAUGACAUGACAGGGUGAACUUGUAUCGCGGACAUGAACAUUAUAUAAUACUAUAGUUUCUGUAAUAUACUUUAAAUUAAUCUUUAGAUUACUUUAAAGAAUUUUAAAAUGUAGAAUAGUUCGCAAUAGAUAUUAGAAGUGUAUAUAUUGUAAUAAUGGAAUUGGAUAAUGUAAUAUCGCCAUUAGUAUGGAUGUGUAUUGUAUAGCUAAUGCCUAAACUUGUAAUCAAAUGGCGUUAUGUUGAACAGGUGAAUUACGAAUUUAAGUUAUAUUAAUUUGUUAUAUUAUAAUAAAUUCUAAUAUUUAUUAACAGAUGCCUAGGUAUUGGAGUAUAUGAAUAUCAAAAUGCCUGUUUAGUGUUGGUAUACUAUAUCAUAAUUCUAACUAGAUGCUAGUCAGUUAUUACACUGCGUUAAAGUCAUUGUUUUUAAUGAAAUUAUUAAAAAUGUAAUGUUGGAGCAGUAUUAUAGGUUAAUUGUUUGUUUCUCAGUGAAAUCAUUCUAUUAAAUGUGAUAUAUCUUGUAAAGAAUUUCGUAGUCGCACCCGAUACGAUAGUGUGUUUCUCUAUGAUGGUGAUAAACUUUGCUUGUGUACUUAGUAUUGAUUUGUCAUCGCAAAUCAUUAUUUAUUCUUGUAUUUGAAUAAUUAUAUUAAAAGGUGGACACAUAGGUAAUGUGGUAGCGAUGAUUUUUCCGGGUGUGGCCUAGGUAAAUAGUUUUUCCCUCUACAUACAGAACAAUUGCAAGCACAUCAUAGCUUUGCGAAAGAGUACACAAAUUUGAAGGCCAAAGCUGUAGAAAAUUUUCAACAUUCCGGUAUGCCAAAUUAGUUUACUAUAGUGAAUAAUUGUAACGCAUUUAAGAAGUUUUUUUUUUUUUAUUUAUUUACUUUAAUCAAUUUCCACAAAUACAUUUAGCACAGUUAAUGAGGUUUGUUCUAAGUUAAGACGGAUUUGUAAUAGGCUCUACUUGCACCUGACUAGAUCUGCAUCGGACAAUGUGUUACAUACCUCCGUUAGUGAAUAUUUUUAUUGUGAACCUACAGUACGUGUAGUAAAUUGUUUAUUUAAUCAA